AUCAACAAUAGGCGAGAGAAAAUUCAAAUGAGGGAAUAACAAAGGUUUCAACAAAAAGGGAAGAAAGAAGAAAUAGUUGUCAAAGUAAAGAAGAUUUUGAGCCUCAACCAAAAAAUCAUGACCGGUGUCUCUCAGGGAGAAAGUGUCACUCUUGAUCUUCUCAAGAAGAAGAUGGAUGAGUUUGCCAAAGAACGCAACUGGGAACGCUUUCAUAGCCCCAGAAACCUCCUUUUGGCGCUGGUGGGUGAAGUGGGAGAGCUUAGUGAGAUAUUCCAAUGGAAAGGAGAGGUACCAAAGGGAUUGCCUGAUUGGAAGGAAGAAGAAAAAGUUCAUCUUGGGGAAGAGCUCUCAGACGUUUUGCUCUAUCUCGUCAGGCUUUCUGACAUGUGUGGUGUGGAUUUGGGGAAAGCCGCUCUCCGUAAGGUUGAACUUAACGCCAUUAAAUACCCAGCCAGUGUCACCAAAACUUCAUCAGACAAAAACAACAAUGCAUGAUUUCAUUUCAUCUUUUGAUCUCCUGGGCUAAUAUACAAUCUAGUUUGUAGAUUUUGAUGGGGUUUUAAUUUAAUGUUGUUUUCAUUGCAUGGAGAUGGAGACUAGUGUUAAUUAAUGCAGUCUUGGGCUUUUGAUCAGUGAUUUUACAUGUAUUGUUGAAUCGUAUCCCUCUGACAUAUGUGAGAUAUGGUAUUGUGAUCUCAUAACAAAGAUUUACUUUUUCAGUA